UUUCCUUCGUGUAAAACGAGUUGGGCUGUACAUAUACGUAUUUCCAUGCUCCGGGUGCAUGAUAAGCCCAACGCAUAAACAAGUGUGCCCACAGCUGGGUGUAUGGUACACCGGGAUUACUUUUCGUUUUUUUGGCAUCUAGGGACCGGAAGCCUUGGAAUCAUGUCUUGACUGCAUCACUCCCUCGCCACCACUUAACCCACGGCCACAAUCGUUCCUUCCCGACCCCCCUAUGGCCGCUCACCUCCUCUCCUCCUCAAUCCCCGCUGCCUCCCUCCGCCCCGACCCGCCGUCUUCUCCGCACCGUCCCGGAUAUGCCGCCACCAGGCACCCCGAUUUCCCGGCGCUGCACAUUUCCCCGCUGAUCCUUCGGCGGCCGCCGCCACUCUCCGUGGCGAUGGCCGCAUCACCGACCGCCGUAGAAGUAGAUGGAACCGCUCCCGCCACAAAGCCCUCGAAGUCGCUGCCGUUCAGAGUCGGCCACGGGUUUGACCUCCACAGGCUGGAGCCCGGGUACCCUCUGAUAAUUGGCGGCAUCGAUAUUCCUCAUGACAGGGGCUGCGAGGCUCAUUCUGAUGGGGAUGUGUUGCUUCACUGCGUGGUGGAUGCGAUCUUGGGAGCUCUGGGGCUUCCUGAUAUUGGGCAGAUAUUCCCCGACUCUGAUCCCAAGUGGAAGGGAGCUCCAUCCUCCGUUUUCAUCAAGGAAGCUGUCCGCCUCAUGGAUGAAGCGGGUUACGAGAUCGGGAACUUAGACGCCACGCUGAUCCUUCAGAGGCCGAAGCUCAGCCCGCAUAAGGAGGCCAUCAGGUCCAACCUGUCCAAGUUGCUAGGGGCGGACCCCAGUGUCGUGAACCUCAAAGCCAAGACCCAUGAGAAGGUUGAUAGCCUCGGGGAAAACCGGAGCAUUGCAGCUCAUACGGUUAUCCUUCUCAUGAGGAAGUAAGCAAAAGAGUAGGUCGAGAAGAAUCGACUUACUGUGUUCUUUUAGCCAUGUAUUACAGUCCCCGAAAGGGUGUGUACUUUUAAUGGAUCGAAUAAUAGAUGAAAUCACAAUUAUAAACGUAAAGUGCGAUUCGGUAUUCCGUUCCAUUUACAGAGGGAAGAAGAAAUCAAAUCAUGAAAGUAGAAGUUA